AUGCCCAAGAUAGAUGACCUGCUCGCAACGGUGAGGAAAGGACGCGUUUUCACAAAGUUGGAUCUGCGAGGGGCGUACAACCUGAUUCGCAUACGGGAGGGCGACGAAUGGAAGACUGCCAUGUUCACGCCCCUGGGCACCUAUGAAUACAGAGUUAUGCCCUUUGGAUUACAAAAUGGCUCCCACUGUUUUCAAGCCUUCAUGCAUCACGUAUUGGCGGGUCUCCUCUACAAGAAAUGCGUCUGCUUCCUGGACGACAUCCUGAUAUUUUCAGAAUCAGAGGAGACCCACGAGGGAGACGUCAAGGAAGUUCUGCAGAGACUGCAGGAGCACAGGCUGUACGCCAAGCUGGAGAAGUGCCAGUUCGACAUGAAGGAGGUAGAUUUCCUGGGCUACAAGUUGUCGGACAAGGGGCUCGCCAUGGACAGCGCCAAGGUUCGCUCAGUGUUGGACUGGAAGAGCCCGCGCAAUCGGAAGGAGGUCCAGCGGUUUGUCGGUUUCGCCAACUUUUACCGCAAGUUCAUCAAGGGGUUCGCGAUGCAGACGGCGGCCAUUACCGACACGCUCAGCUCCAAGAAGAAGAAGUUCAUCUGGACGGAGCAAGCGGAGCAGUCCUUUCAGAAACUCAAGCGUCUCUUCUCGUCCGAAGAGCAGCUACUGCAUGUGAAUCCCAGCAGACCGAUGAGGGUUGAAACGGACGCCUCAGACAGAGCCGUGGGAGCAGUACUGUUGCAGCAAGACCCGCAUGGGGACUGGAGACCGUGUGCCUUCUACUCCAGGAAGCUCAGCAAGUCAGAGCAGAACUACACCAUCUGGGACAGGGAGUUGCUGGCCAUUCAUGCAGCAUUCAAGGCGUGGCGGCACUUCCUCAUUGGAGCCAAACACACAGUGCAGGUCCGCACGGACCAUAAAAACCUGGAGUACUGGCGCACGGCAAGGUUCCUGAACCAGAGGCACAUACGAUGGGCGGAGUUCUUUGCGGAUUUCGACUUCAGGAUAGAGUACAUCCCAGGCGACAACAACAUCAUGGCGGAUGCACUGUCCAGAAAGCCGCAAUACCUCGAGGAGGCGGCACCCGCAGCGGCCAAGCACAUUUUCGCACCGAAAGCGUGGGCGUGCGCUUCAGCAACCGUGGACCUGGAUGCUGUACGUCGAGCACUGCAGGAGGACCCCUUCGCGCAAGCAAAGAUGGCAGAGGUGCAAAGGGGCACGGCGGAGGACGACGAGUUCCAGAUACGCGACGGAUUGCUCAUCCGCAGAGGGGCCCUCUACGUACCGGGAGACGACCUCCGCGCGAAAGUACUGCAGCAGUUGCACGACGCACCCACCGCCGGGCACUUUGGCAAAGAGAAGACGGUAGAAUUAGUAGCCAGAGAUUUUUGGUGGCCCAAGAUGCGGGGGAAGUCGCGGAUUACGUCUCGAGGUGCGACACCUGCCAAAGGGCCAAGUCAGUGCACAAACCGCCGGCGGGACUGCUCGAACCGCUGCAGACACCGAUCGAACCGUGGGAGAGGGUGGCCCUGGACUUUGUCACGGAUCUACCCAGCUCGAGGGGCAAGACGGCAGUGCUAG